AUGGUUAAAUACGUCCUUACCGGUGUAGAUGGUGGCCUUGGCCACUAUGCAGCAAAUUUUGCCCUAGAAAUCGCUCCUCCGGGUACCAACUUGACUUUCACUACCUUCAGCCUCAACAAUAUCCCAGCUGAUACUCUCAAGUCAUGGCGCGAGAAGGGCGCGACAGUGAUCGAAGCCAACUACGAUGAAAUCGAGGGCCUCAAGGCUGCAUUUGUCGGCGCCGAAGCCGUAAACCUAAUCUCAACAUGGGCAUUUGGUCGCCGUGCCCAACAGGCUCAAAAUGUGAUUGAUGCCGCCAAAGCCAACGGUGUGCGUCGAAUCUGCUACACAUCAUUUGUGGACGCUGACGAUCCUCGCUCGGUGGCUGAUAUGCCCUUCUUGCCUCGGGACCAUAAGAUGACCGAAGAGCUUAUCCGCACUUCUGGGCUGGAGUACAACAUCCAGCGCGACUACCUAUACCAAGACAACAUGUGUGUCUUCUUUGCGCCAUCAUGGAACUUCAAUGAUCACAAAUGGCUAUUCAACUCACACAAUGUUCCUGGCGCCUAUGUCGCCAAGGAGGAUUGUGGUCGUGUUCUCGGUGCUCUUCUCUUGGGUCGCGGUGAGCCUAACAAGGUUUAUACUAUCACAGGCCCUGUGGCUGUGACAGAUAAGGAGAUGUUCGAUUGGUACUGCAACCUGACUGGUUAUAAGGGAGAGUUUGUUGAUGUGCCAGAUGAUGAAUUGCGGGCUCACUGGCUGGGACGAGGGCUUCCCGAUGAUGUCUCGGGCGAUUUUUCGAAUAUUCCCAUGAAGCUUUGCAUUGAAGACCUCCUGUGCUGUGGCCAGAUCCUCGCAGAAGGCUUUAUGACUCAACCCACCAACCAUGUUGAGCUUUUGACCGGCCGCAAGCCUCUUCCUUAUCAAGAGGCCUUGGUGAAGUACAAGAAUGGUCUUGAUAAGUUCUUGUGA